UAAAAAUAAAAAUAAAAAACAAAUCAGAGGGCGUUCACCAAAAAGCAGAUCCUCUUGGAGAAGAUAUAUCAAGGAAGGAAGGCAAAAAACCCUAAAUUGCAUCUCUCUCUCUGCUUUUCCCCAAUGGCGGAUUUGGAUAAGCUAGAGAAGGGAGAUGCAGUAUUUAACGGCGACGGCGGCGGCGCGGCGGCGGAGGUGGAGAAGCCUAGGGAACCGGAAGGGAUAUCUGUGUUGGAUUUUGAUCUGCUGUGUUCCACGGUGGCGCUUCAAACGCAGGGCAAUUGGAUGAAGCUCGAGAGCGAUGAAGACAGAGAUUUGGAUAUCGAUUCUGGCGGCAGUGUGUUGCGGAUGUGGGAAGGAGAUGUCAUGGAUUGCUUCGAGGAUCGUCGUGUCUUAAUCGAAUCCGCUUGUUGUCCGUGCUACAGAUUCGGGAAAAACAUGAUGCGAGCUAGUUUUGGUUCUUGUUGUAUUCAGGCUACUGUUCAUCUGAUUCUUGUCGUUGGCCUACUUUUGAACAUCGCAGCUUUUGCUGUAACUAAGAGGCACUAUUAUCUCUAUUUCACUGUUGCUUUCAUCCUUUUGAUCGGAUCCUAUUUGGGUUUCUUCCGGAUGCAGAUAAGAAGGAAAUUCAACAUUAGGGGCGCUGAUAGCUUCUUGGACGACUGUGUCUCCCAUCUGAUCUGUCCUUGCUGUACAUUAAGCCAGGAAUCAAGAACUUUGGAGAUGAAUAAUGUCCAUGACGGUAUCUGGCAUGGACGGGGCGACAUGUUAUGUAUAGGUAGCUAUCCGGAAGGGAAAUCUCUUCUCGAGCUCCACUCACCUCCGGUAGUCGUUUCAUCCAUGUCUUCAGAAUCCAAGAACGGAGAACAAAGUAACUUGUAGCAGAGGUUAAAACUCAACCUCUAUAGGCCAUAUAGAUGAUGAUGAUCAUCAUCGUCAUUAGCUCUCCUGUAACAGAGUGCGAUCAGAUCUUCCAUCAAGGUUGAAUCAGCUUGGAUGCCCCAUGAUUUAACAGUUGAAUCUUGAAGUUGAAGCUUCAUAGGAAAUAGGCAAAAUCUGCAUCUAACAGUGACAGAUGGCACUUAGUUGUUCAUAACUUCAUAUAUAUAUAUAUAUAUUGCCAUUUUUACGUCUU